AAAUAAGUGAAAGUUUAAUUGGUACUAUGGUGCGAAGCGGGCGUGAUCGCGACCGUAGGCGGUCACACAGUCGUUCGGCAACUCCUGAUCGUAAGCGGAGACGAUCACGGUCUAGGAGCCGUGACCGAUCAUCGAAAUCUUCAAAGAGGAAGCGCAGCCGUAGUAGAGACCGUGAUUCCAAGAGAGAUCGGAGUAGGGAUCGUGAUAGAGAUAGAAGCCGGGAUAGAGACCGUGAUCGGGAUAGAGACAGAGAUAGAAAGAGUGAUAAGCGAGAUGAUAAAAGCAAGUCAAGCAAAUCAUCAAGGAAGAAAUCACCAGACAAAGACAAAGACAAGGACAAGGAUAGGUCAAAGACCAAAGAUGAGACUGCGAAAUCUGAAUCCACAGAAUAUGAUCUUGGAUCAGUUGAUAAGGAAGAAGAGCAAAGCCGUCUCGAAGCCGAGAUGCAGAAGCGUCGCGACCGCAUCGAGCGUUGGCGCGCGGAGCGUAAACGCAAAGAGCUGGAGUCAGCUAAGAAGGAAGUGCAGAAAGGUAGCAUUGUGACUAACAUGCAACUGCCCACUGUUAAGAAGUGGUCUUUGGAAGAUGAUUCUGGAGAUGAAGGUGAAGAUGGAGAAGGAAAAGAAAAACAAGUUGAAGAAAAGAAAGAGGAAGAAGACGAAAUUGACCCUCUGGAUGCAUACAUGCAAGAGGUGCAACAGGAAGUACGUAAAGUAAACCAAAUGGACCAGUCACGUGGCAUGAUAAGUGUGCCCUCAUCCGGCGCGGGUACAGUCGUCGUCUUAACAGGUACAGCCAAGAAGAAAAUCACCGAAACAAAGAACAAAGGUGAACUAAUUGAACAGAACCAAGACGGAUUGGAAUAUUCCUCCGAGGAGGAGACGGAGGAUAUUAAGGAUGCCGCCGCGAACCUUGCGUCUAAACAGAGGAAGGAUUUGGCCAAAGUUGACCAUUCCAGUUUGGAAUAUAUGCCUUUUAGGAAAGCUUUUUACACAGAGGUAAAUGAACUAGCUCGUAUGACGCCAGAAGAAGUGGACGCGUACAGAGCAGAGCUGGAAGGCAUAAGAGUGAAAGGGAGAGGAUGCCCUAAACCGAUAAAGACGUGGGCGCAUUGCGGCAUUAGUAAGAAAGAAAUGGAUAUAUUGAAAAAGCUUGGCUUCGAAAAACCUACGCCUAUACAAGCGCAGGCUAUUCCUGCUAUUAUGUCGGGAAGAGAUCUAAUAGGCAUAGCAAAAACAGGGUCUGGCAAGACAUUGGCGUUCAUCCUGCCCAUGUUCCGGCAUGUCCUCGACCAGCCCCCCCUGGAGGACACCGACGGUCCCAUUUCGCUCAUUAUGACCCCCACGAGGGAACUAUGCAUGCAGAUCGGAAAGGAUAUCAAGAAGUUCGCCAAGUCGCUUGGGUUGAGAGUCGUUUGUGUCUAUGGUGGUACUGGAAUUUCGGAACAGAUAGCGGAGUUAAAACGCGGCGCGGAAAUGAUUGUAUGCACGCCCGGUCGUAUGAUUGAUAUGUUAGCCGCAAAUUCCGGACGAGUGACCAAUUUGCGACGCGUCACUUACGUCGUACUUGACGAGGCUGAUAGGAUGUUCGACAUGGGAUUUGAACCACAAGUAAUGAAAAUUAUAGACAACGUUCGUCCAGACCGACAGACAGUGAUGUUCAGCGCCACUUUCCCGCGACAGAUGGAGGCCCUCGCUAGGAGAAUACUGCAGAAACCUAUUGAGAUACAGGUUGGCGGCCGCAGCGUAGUUUGUAAGGAAGUAGAACAACACGUCGCCAUUCUAGAAGAUGACGCCAAAUUCUUCAAGCUGCUAGAACUUUUGGGUUUAUACAGUCAGAUGGGCAGUAUUAUUGUGUUCGUGGACAAACAGGAAAACGCUGACAGUCUACUUAAGGAUUUGAUGAAAGCUUCAUACUCUUGCAUGAGUUUGCACGGAGGGAUUGAUCAAUUCGACAGGGACUCGACAAUCGUUGAUUUCAAGAACGGCAAGGUGAAGCUGCUGGUGGCCACCAGUGUAGCAGCGCGAGGUCUUGAUGUUAAACAGCUAGUCUUGGUUGUAAACUACGACUGCCCUAAUCAUUAUGAGGAUUAUGUUCAUAGAUGUGGCCGCACAGGCCGAGCGGGUAACACUGGCUUCGCGUGGACGUUCCUCACGCCAGAACAGGGCCGCUACGCCGGCGACGUGCUACGCGCCUUUGAGCUGGCAGGUGCUACACCUCCGCCGGAGCUACGACAGCUCUGGGAGUCAUACAAGGACUCACAGGAGAAGGAGGGAAAGAAGGUGCACAUGGGGGGAGGGUUCAGCGGAAAAGGUUACAAAUUCGACGAGUCCGAAGCACAAGCAGCGACGGAAAAGAAGAAGUACCAGAAAGCAGCAUUAGGGCUUCAAGAUUCUGACGACGAGGACGUUGAGGGUGACCUCGAUCAGCAGAUUGAGACCAUGCUGGCUGCCAAGAAGAUUGUCAAGGAAAUCAAGCCCGGCCUGGGCGCGCCCGGUAUACCCGCGGCCGGCGCCGCAGCCCCGGCGGGCGCCGUCGCCGACGCCAACAAGCUGGAGCUGGCCAAACGGUUGGCCUCGAAGAUCAACAUUGCUAAAGGUUUGGGCUCAGAACAUAAGGGUGCAACACAGCAAGCGGCCGAAGCUAUUCUCAAAGGCGCCCCAUCGGCACACACACUGAUUACUGCUAAGACAGUAGCAGAGCAACUGGCAGCGAAGUUGAACACGCGUCUGAACUACCAACCGCGAGACGAAAGCACAUCCGAGCCCGCUGAGGAGGUGUUCCGCAAGUACGAGACCGAGUUGGAGAUAAACGACUUCCCGCAGCAGGCGCGCUGGAGGGUCACCAGCAAGGAGGCGCUAGCGCUAAUCAGCGAAUAUUCCGAAGCGGGCAUCACAGUACGAGGCACCUACGUACCUCCUGGCAAGACACCCCCUGAAGGAGAAAGAAAACUGUACCUCGCCAUCGAAAGCUCUCAGGAACUCGCCGUGGCUAAAGCCAAGUCAGAAAUAACGCGCCUCAUCAAAGAAGAACUUUUGAAACUACAGACUUCAGCUCACCAUAUGAUUAAUAAAGCUAGAUAUAAAGUCUUAUAAUCCUUACUAUGGACGGAAUAUACUGUGCUGGAUGUUAUUUGAAUUGUUUUAUUUGUAGUU